CUUUACUGGCUUACUAGCUUGCUGUCGUCUUACUUGCCUCGACGCCCAGAAGCUAGAAGUUAAUGUUCUAGUAUACUCGACUCGACUAAAAAUGGAAAAACGAUCGAAAAACUCGUCGCCACGGGCUCUCACGAGAGAGAAUCUCGCCAGUAAAGAAGUUUCGUUUGUCUGCAAAAAUGCAUGGGGCCACUGACUCGCUAGAAAGCGCGCACGGUCAUGCUUUUUGUCGAAAUGACCUCCUGUUUAGGCCCGUGGUCGUAGAUGUGAAUCGGUCAAUCUCCCACAAAAUGCCAAUGAAAUUCUGGUUUACAUUGUUAAUAGAGUAAGUAAGAUUGAGUUCCUUUACAUGAGUGUAUUCUUGUUCUUGGUACCUUGGCUUUAUUUUUUUCCUGUGCAUUGUGCGUGGUGAAAAUAUCAUAAGCAUCAACAUUUUAAAUCAUGAUGUCAUGGACAUGGAAUACCGUUGGGUGGAUCUUAUUCGAGCUAUUCGUGUUAGCGGUAGGGGAAUUUGGACGAAUAUCCAUCUUUGUGGCCCGAAAAUGGGUGCAUGCAGGUAAGAAGCACCAGUCCUCUCCCCUUGCAGGGUCAGUUUCUAUUUCCACCAUGUGUCUCUUGACAAGGACGUUCUCUAUUUGUAAUUUGAAUUUACAUUUUUCGACAACUAUCACCAAUUUUAUGCAAAACUUCUUUCUUCCUGCUCACACUCACCACAACCAAUCAACGCGUACCCUUGCCUUUACAGCAUCCGGCUUGAUGAUGCUCUUCCUGGAUCCUGCGGACCCCCUCGCGAGGUAUUUCGUUUAUGCUGUGGUCGUCUCAUCCCUGAUGAUGGUAUGGGAACUCGGAGCGCCCUUUAAGUUUCGAUAUGCGCAAACACGAGACGUCGGAAUCACGGUUUAUCUGGUACUAUCCGGACCUACUUAUACGAAUACUUGAUGGCGUUACUAGAAUAUGGUUGUAAACUUAACGAUAACGUUUGUUGAGCUUGCGGCUCUUCUAUUAAAUGCGAUACUUCCUCUAGUAGUCGAAAUUGUUGGCUCCGCUUCCUCUUCUUUCGCAGAUCAUUGUCGCAAUAUUUUUUUAUCUGCAAACUCCGCUUUCAAUAAUACGGCCUGUUUUCUUCGCGGAUCCUUGCGGUGCAGUGGUUGGCAAGUGGUUAUCAGCAAGAAUAAGAAACCCAGCAUGGAUAGGAAAGAAAACUGUGGGGGGCACACUAGCCGUGUUCACUGCCGGGUAUUUAAAGUUUUCGCUGGCAGUAUGCCGAUGAGAUUCUGAAACUUUGAUUUGGUCUCCUGACGAGACAUUGAGUGUGCAUGACCACCUGCUGUUGCUACUAUGAUCAGUUUAUAAGACACGAUUCGCCUUGUUCAUUUGGUGCAUCCACAAUUCAGCCCGAAAACAAAAAUAAACCAAUCGUUGAAAGGUAUUUCUCAUUGGCCUUCGGAAGUCCCAUAGAGCGACUCUUCAUUGCCGCAGUCAUCGCAUUUGCAGAGGGGAUGAGUGCGGCCUACGAUAAUCUGUUCAUAGCCGCUGUCGUGCUUGUCAGCUAUUUUGCACUGGUUGAACCCGCACCCACUUCUGCCUUCACAUGAUAACACAGAACAAGUUGAUUAUAACCCCGAUCCCCCCACCGUGUAUAGCACUUUUUUGCGCUCCAAGGAAGUGGAGGCUUCGCAUAUCUCCUCAAAACCCCAAGCCUGCGCACGAUCACAUGUCAUAACACAACUACUAGCUAAAAAAUCUGCUCCUGAAUUCAUUGGUUUCUCUCUCUGAAUUAACGAUCUGGUGUAUUCGACUAACGGUUUUGGAUUCGAUCUGCAUUUUUCAUGGAACAAACAAUUUUGACAAAGGCAAUCUCCGAAGACUUCAUAACGAGCAGAUGCAGCGAGCUUCUAUCACUGUGAAACGCGUGGCUGCAUAGGCUUAGAUGUCAAUGUCAAGCUUAAUUAGAUACGCCGCCAAU